CUCUGGGCUGGGCUUGGUUUACAUAUUUUAAUCCGCACCCGGCGCUGCAUCCCUUCCCUCUUCUCUCUCAUUCAUUCGCAACCUCAUUCCUCCCCCUCCCUCCUCCCCCAUACCCUAUACAUAUCCCACUACUAGAUAUACACUAUGCGAUCCUCAUUGAUCCUCUCCGCGGCCAUUGCCGUCCUCUCCUCGUCCUUAGUCCUCCACUCAGAGGCCCAGCAGCUGUGCAAUGGCUACGCGGAUUUGUGUGCAAAGACAUACGAGCAGGUCGCAUACGCUACCACCCACAACGCAUACGCCUACACCCCUGCCGGUGCACUAGCACUCAACCAGAACAACGACAUUCCAACGCAAUUGAAUGACGGCGUCAGGGCACUCAUGCUCGAUGCCUACGACACCCCAAGCAACAACGCAAACGAUAUCGAGCUCUGCCAUACUUCCUGUAACUUGCUCGACGCAGGUACACUUUCCAAGACCCUCGGGCAGAUCAAGACAUUCAUGGAUGCUAAUCCUAACGAGGUUAUCACUAUCUUCUGGGAAAAUGCUGGCAACUUGACGCCUGCACACUUUCAGACGGUUUAUCAAGCAGCCGGAAUGAGUAAUUACCUUUACACACAGCAAGAGAGCGCAGCAGCAUGGCCUACAUUAGCGACCAUGAUCUCGAGCGGCAAACGCCUUGUCAACUUUGUGGACUCUGGAGCUGAUGCCAGUGUGCCAUGGCUGAUGGCAGAGUACGACUUUGUCUUUGAGACCCCAUGGCAGAUUUCCAAGGGCGCCGCUUACCCAUGCACUGUCGACCGUCCUAAGGAUCAGCGGAAGCCGAUGUAUGUCCUGAAUCACUUCAUCUCUGGAAACCUCACUGUGGACGGUCAGCAAAUUAGCAUCCCACAGCCAGGACUUGCUAGCCAAACCAACGGAGCUGACUUGGUCAGCCACGUCAACGACUGCAAGACAACCUUUAACCAGAUGCCCAACUUCCUAGCUGUCGACUUUUACGAUAAUGGCACUGUCUUCCAAACCCUGGCUUCGGUGAACGGCGUUCAAUGGGACGGCAAGUUGCCCACGCAACAUAAAUCAGGAUCAACUUCUGGAAACGGGGCCGCCUCUGCAAUGAGCGGUGUGGGCGCCGUGUCCAUCGGAAUGGUCGCUUUGACGACAGUAUUGGGCUUUUUGGCUCUUUAAAUCGGAUUGCCUCUCCACCUGUAUUUAUUUCAUCAUAAAAAAAGACCCACUGUAGACUUUAAAAUAAAAUCGAUAUUCAAAAAUGGUAGACGCCAGGAUAGGUU